GACAUUACCGCAAAAUUAUGAGUUAUGAUGUAUACAAAAUUUUGGUUAUUUUUGCCACACUAGUAGGCCUAGUUACGUACACAGACUGCAAUGUUGACGUUUUACGUUUACAACCCACUCCGCUAGUAGUAGACCAAAACUACAAUAUAGUUUAUCAUACAACUCCAUUACAGAGAAAUGAAAAAAUUCAUAUAUGUUGUCCUGGAAAUAGUGUAAUAUAUAAUGGUGAAUUAAUGAAUGUUGAAUGUUUAUCUCUAAACUACCUUGAUGACGAUGAAUUUGAAGCUAAUGAAAAAAUAUAUCUAUUUAAUGAUUUUAAAUGCCAACAAAUCCCUAGACACUCUGUGAAAUACAAUAAAAAAACAUGUGAAAAUGGUGGCACCGAAAUUGAAAUCGGUUAUGAUUUGAAAAGUAUUUUUGUCGUUCAGAUUACAGUUUGUUUUGAUAACAACAAUUUAACUCCAAUUUAUUCAUAUUAUAAUAUUACAAAAACUAUUGGUUAUAGAGACGGAAAAGUUCCUAGAGUUUCUUUCGAAGAAAAUGGAUUCUACACAAUAUCAACAAGUUUGGACCGCUUAUAUGAACGAAAUGCUGAAAUAAAAACAAUAAACACCUUAUUAAGCCUAAAUAUCAAUUCAGAAAAGUACAUAAAAAGAAAUGGAGACUUAUUUAUUAAUAGAGGACACCUAGCAGCAAAAGGAGAUUUUGUUUACUCGUUUCAGCAACUUGCUACAUUUCAAUAUGUCAAUUCUGCCCCACAAUGGGCCUCAUUCAAUGGUGGCAAUUGGAACGAAGUUGAAAUAAAUAUAAGAGAUUACGCAAUGUCUAAAGAUGUCAAUUUAGAAAUAUACACGGGAGUUUAUGGCAUUUCGACAUUACCAAAUGAGAAAAAUAAUGCGCCCACAAAUCUAUAUCUAUUCACUGAUAAUAAUAAAAACCUUAUUCCUGUGCCACUUCUAUUUUGGAAAGUGGCAUACAAUCGAAAAGUAAAGCAGGGAGUCGUUAUAGUAGGUAUAAAUAAUCCAUAUAUAACGAAUAUUUCUGAACAUAUUAUCUGCGAAGAUAUUUGGAACAAAAUACAGUGGUUUAAUAGUAAGCUCUCUAAGUAUAGGCAAAAUGUCAACUUCGGGUAUACAUAUGCAUGUUCGGUACCAGAUUUUAGAACUGUAAUUAAAGAGUGUCCCGAUAUUGAUGUACACGAAUUAUUACAAUAA